AUGUGGCUGCCCCCAGCUCUGCUCCUUCUCUGCCUCCAAGGCUGUUUGUCUCUGAAGGGCCCCGGCUCUGUGACUGGCACCGUGGGGAGCUCUUUGUGUGUGCAGUGUCAUUAUGAAAAGGCCUACAAAGGCUAUAAAAAAUACUGGUGCAAAGGACCACAUGACAUCAAAUGUCACAGUAUUGUGGAGACCGAUGGAGGAGAGGAUGAAAAGAGGAGUGGCCGUGUGUCUAUCAGAGACUGUGCUGAUGACCUCACCAUGACAGUGACCAUGGAGAACCUCGAGGAGGGUGAUGCUGGAUCUUACUGGUGCAAAAUUCAGACAAUAUGGAUCAUAGAUGCGUGGUCACGUGACCCCUCAGUUUUGGUUAGGGUGUAUGUUUCCCCAGCAACUACAACUCCCAGGAAGACCACACUUCCAGCCACGACGCCCACCUCCCCACUGGUGACCGCCAGGCAGAACUUCAGCACUGAGGAGGUGUUUACCCUCUACCCAUGGUCCCUGUUCAGCAGUGUGCACUUCCAGGCCCUGGUCUUCCUGAAGCUGCCGCUGUUUCUGAGCACCAGUGCUGUCUUCUGGGUCAACAGGCGUCAGAGGGCUCCUGGGGGAAAGACAGAGUCAUCUGUCCAGGAGCCAUGA